UGCCCCUUAAACUGGGGCCCGACUCCCCUCGGGGGGACCGCCAUUAUAAGUAGGGGUAGCCUCACGCUGCAACCUCCAGUCGAGGGUUGCACUCCGAAACAAGCAGAUCGUUGGGAGUGUGUGAAUUUGAGUAGAGUAAAACGUUAAGUAAAAUCGCACCCGCGACAACCUUUCAGAACGUUACUUCGCUCCAACCCUUCGGAAUCGGAACGGCGACAACGACGUGUGGAUUAAAGUAAAGUUUUUGCUGAAUUUUGUUUUAAUCUAGCCACCGAGAAGUGUACGUCGAGUAAAACCGUGAGGGGACGAUUCGCCGGAUAAGUUUUAUUCCAAAAAGUGAAGUUGAAGUUAGUUUCCCGCUCAAUAUCGAAAUAUUAGUCGGAAAUAGUCGAGGGGACAUCUGUCGGCGGUACGAACUACCGAUUGGCAAAGUGUUGAGUGUUCAGUUUUCAAAGAGUUUCACGUUCGUUCCGAAAGUGCGGCGUUAGCGUCGCUCUCUUCCCAGUUUAUCCUAUCCCGCUAUAGAGGAAGGAAGGAAGGAGCGAGUUUGGGAGGCAGGAGAGGAGGCCCGGUGCUGCUUCUGCUUUAGCUGUAGCCUUUGGUUCUGUCGGCGUGGGGGAGAAACAGACAGAGCGCCGAAGGCUCGCACCAGUAGCCUCUCAGCGACGGAGUAGUGAAUAGCAGGAGAGUCGAACGCGCGCGUGUUUGGUUUUCUCGCCGGGGUUCAUAAGACCAAAUAGAAGAAUACAUUUUUUUACAUCCACCCCGUCGAUAUUAAACUAUCCACCUAUUUCGCACACCGAAACGAGGACAAUAUCAAAGGGAAGAACACAGUCGAUCGGUUUUUCAUUUAUUUCUUCCUCUAUUUCGAGUGUGUGUAAAUAAGUUCAUACAUGCGGGGAUAAUGACAAUAACGAGAAGAACAUUCGCACAAAUGAAAACAACGAGAGUUGUAGAAAUUUUGAUAUAAAUAUUAGCGAGAAUUAAACUGAUUGGUGGUUGUUUCGUUUCAUUAUUAUUCUCAGUUUUUUUUUUUUCUACCUUCUUCGUUAACAGAGAGGGUGAAAGAAAAUUUACAAACUACCGUAUCGCAGUAAUGAUGUACGGGAAAUGGAAUGUCCUGUUAAUAAUUUUUUCUCCGAGAGUGCGGACGUGUGAAGUAAAUUGAAUGAUCUCUGACAGAGCUGUCUACGAAAACAACAAUUGAUUAAGUUAUAAAGAAAUUAAUCGACGUAACAGAGAAACAAAAAAAAAAAAAAAACAAAACGAAAAGAAUUAAUCAACGUUCCCGGUGUGCGUCGUAUCACGAAAACAAUUCUUCUCUACCUUGUUCGACAAUUAUCAUCGACCACAAACGAGAUUUGGAUUAAGUGUGAAAAGUGUGCAGUGAAUAUUAUAUUUAUUUAUUAUUCGUUAUCUAUAUCGAGAAGAAAAUUUUUUUUUUCUCAAUUUUGCUACGUCCGAAGAUAUAUAUUUUCUAUACGUAUAUUUUUUUGUCUUGUUCGUUUCGUAUGUUUGAAUAUCAUCACCGAAUUGGCAGUUUUGUCUGAUUUAUAGAAAGAACUGUGCUCGAUAAUAGUAUAUAUACAGUGUUGUUUGUUGUGCAUCCGAUAAUAAUAAUUAAUAUAUAUAUACAUAUAUAUAUUAUAUUAAAUAAUUAUCCGCGUCAUAGUAGCGUUCCAUGGCUAUGCAGUGUCGUCGCGUUUUAUCUUCGAAAAGGUAACACCGAUUUAAAAAACGAGGCUACGAACCUGGUUUAAUUUUUAAACCAGCGUUUAAAACGACGUCCCGUGGCUUUAUAAAAAGCAAAACAUGUGGACCACCGUUAUCCUGUGGACGGCAGCUGUCGUUUUGCUACCCUCUCCGCUCGAGGUCAGCGGAUCCGGCGUGUUCGAGUUGAGGUUAAAAUCUUUCAUCAAUGAAUACGGGAAAGACAGUCUGGGCAAAUGUUGUUCCGGAAGUACGUCGAGGACGGGUGAAUGCUCAGGAUCAUGUAGAACGAGGUUCAGGGUAUGCCUGAAACAUUAUCAGACUAAAAUCGACACCACGACACCGUGCACAUUCGGAGAUGUCGUUACGCCCGUAUUGGGCGAUAACGUCGUCGAUUUGAGCCCCACGAUCUCUCUGCCGAGCUUUUCCAACCCCAUCAGAUUCCCGUUCGACUUUACGUGGCCGGGUACGUUCUCGCUGAUCGUCGAGGCUUACCACGACACGGAUAACUCAACGCAGCAAUCACCCGAUAAAGUUCUCAUCACCAGAUUGACAACUCAGAGGUGGUUGGACGUUGGCUCAAAUUGGACGAGCGACGAACAUCGUAGCGCACAUUCGAAAAUGGUAUACGAGUACAGAGUGACUUGCGAUGCUCAUUACUACGGAGGGGGUUGCGCCAAUUUUUGCAGACCUAGAGAUGACAAUUUCGGUCAUUACACUUGCAGUCCUACCGGUGAACGCGUUUGUCUCGCCGGAUGGAAGGAAGAUUACUGCACAGUUGCUAGAUGUCUGCCAGGAUGCGACGAUCAACACGGGCACUGCAGUCAGCCCAACCUAUGCUCAUGUCACAGCGGAUGGAAGGGAGCUUUGUGCGAUCAAUGCGAAAGGUAUCCGGGAUGUCUUCAUGGGACUUGUCAAAAACCAUGGGAGUGUUUGUGCGACGAGGGAUGGGGAGGAUUAUUUUGUAACCAAGAUCUAAAUUAUUGUACCAAUCACAAACCCUGUAUGAACGGCGGCACCUGCUUCAACACCGGCCAAGGUAGUUACACCUGCUCAUGUGCACCGGGUUUUACCGGUACGGACUGCGAAGCAUCGUUACAAGACUGUCAUUCGAAACCUUGUUUGAAUGGGGGAUCUUGCACCGAAAAUUCAACACUUGGAAUAGGAAAAACUGGCUACAAAUGCACCUGUCCACCCGGAUGGAGAGGAAGACACUGCGAGGUGACGUCAAAAUCCUGCAGGGAUGCUCCUUGUCUCCAUGGCGCGACGUGCGAAGAUCAUUCGUUGAAGGGUUACCAAUGCCAUUGCCCUCCCGGAUACUCGGGCGCGGAUUGCGAGACACAAAUCGACGAUUGUUCACCAAAUCCAUGCCUCAACGGUGGAGCUUGUACGGAUCGUUUGAACGGUUAUCAGUGCAGUUGUCCGUUCGGUUUCAUCGGUGAUCGUUGCGAAACUAACAUAGACGAUUGUCAAGGUGAUCCGUGUUUGAACGGUGGUAAAUGCAUAGAUCUCGUCAAUCAGUUCAGGUGUCAAUGUGUGCCUGGAUUCGUCGGUAGAUUGUGUCAAAAUAAAGUCGACUAUUGUUUGGCCAAACCGUGUGCUAACGGUGGCAAAUGUACGUCGGGUACGAACGAUUACACGUGCAUCUGUAAACCGGGAUUUUCCGGCAAGGAUUGCAGCGUUGACGUCGACGAAUGUCGAAGUGCUCCAUGUCAGAAUGGCGGUACAUGCCAAAAUCGUGUAAACGGUUUUCUCUGCAUGUGCCCGGAACAAUGGCGCGGAGAAUCAUGCGCCGAGGAAGUCGGUGCCCCGCCUGCCGUUCCAUCGGGACCGAGUUAUUGGACCGGAAAUAUAUCGAAACAAAUUGCUCCAGCCGAAGCGAGGGACGCUGGAUUAACUACCGAACACGUUGUGGUUAUAGCAACUUUAUCAACGGCUGUACCAGCCUUCGUUCUUGUCGCCGCCGUUGCUGUAAUGUGUAUGAAAAGACGUCAGAAGCGCGAACAAGCAAAAGCCGACGAAGAGGCGAGAUUACAAAACGAAAGGAACGCCGUUCACAGCAGUAUGAGCAAAAGGAGUGGUGGUAGUUGUUCGUUGGGUGGUGGUGAUCCUCAUAUGAUAAAAAAUACGUGGGGUGCAGCUAAUAAAAGCGUGAAUAACGUAACGAGAGACGAUCUAGACUCAUCGUUUCAAAAUGACAAUUGUACACUUGAUUCGUCUUGUUCAGGUGGCUAUAAACCUGAACCAGUAUUACAAGAUAGUCGACCACCUCGUACUACUAAACAGUUGAAUAUAGACGCAGCUGCGGCAGCUCAUAGAGUGUCGCAUCUUUUCAAAGAGAAAGACAUUAUGGAAUCUAAAAGAACAUCGAUAUUCGCUGAAUCCAAUUGUUGCGAUAGAGCAACGUCCGUUGGUUCAGAUCCUUCGUUAAUGAAGAGGCCGCCUGGUAUUGCGGACUCUACGGGGGUCGAUCCCGGUGCCGGUGGUGUUUACGUUAUUGACGAUCAUUACAGGCACGACGCCGCUCUAGCAGCGACGUUAGCGACCGAAGUUUAGCUAUACAAUAUAUGCUAGUGCACGAUGUGCAGUGGCGAUUAUAAUUAUUAUUAAUAAUAUUAUUAUUAUUAUUAUUAUUAUUAUUAUUAUUAUU